GCCUCUGACCGAUCUGUCGCUGUCGCUGCCGCUGUUGGGCCCGCGAGCGCCACUGAGUUAUCCCGGAGGCGCAGCCGGGAUAUGAACUGUGCUUGCCGCUAUUCCCGUCCCACCAGCCCGCGCCCCCUUUGCCACCCCGAACCCGCGUCCGCGGGGCUGUGCGCUCUUGCGUGGCGGCGUCUGCGGUGUCCCCCGGCCCGCCCCCUCCUCCCAUGGCGGCGGAGAUCCAGCCCAAGGCGCUGACCCGCAAGCCGAUCCUGCUGCAGCGGGUGGAGGGGUCCCAGGACCUGGUGAACAUGGCAGUGAUCGUGCCGAAGGAGGAGGGAGUCAUCAGCGUCUCGGAGGACAGAACUGUCCGGGUGUGGCUGAAGAGAGACAAUGGACAGUACUGGCCAAGCAUCUACCAUGCAAUGCCUUCUCCAUGUUCAUGCAUGUCUUUUAACCCGGAAACAAGAAGACUGUCCAUAGGUCUAGACAAUGGUACAAUCUCAGAAUUUCUUUUAUCAGAAGAUUACAACAAGAUGACCCAUGUGAAAAACUACCAAGCUCACCAGAGCAGGGUCACAAUGGUCCUGUUUGUUCUGGAGAUGGAAUGGGUGCUGAGCACGGGACAAGACAAACAGUUCACCUGGCACUGCUCAGAGAGCGGGCAGCGCCUAGGAGGUUACCGCACCAGCUCUGGACCCUCUGGCCUGCAAUUUGAUGUUGAUACUCGACAUGUGUUUGUGGGCGACCAUUCAGGACAAGUUACAAUCCUCAAACUGGAGCAAGAAAACUGCAGUCUUGUAACAACAAUCAGAGGCCAUACAGGUGGGGUGACGGCUUUAUGCUGGGACCCAGUCCAUCGAGUACUGUUCUCUGGUAGUUCUGAUCACUCUGUCAUCAUGUGGGACAUUGGUGGAAGGAAAGGCACGGCCAUCGAGCUCCAAGGACACAAUGACAAAAUUCAAGCUCUCUCCUACGCUCCACAUACUCGACAGCUUAUCUCCUGUGGGGGAGAUGGUGGCAUUGUGGUCUGGAACAUGGAUGUCCAGCGGCAAGAGACUCCUGAAUGGUUGGACAGUGAUUCCUGUCAAAAGUGUGACCAGCCUUUCUUCUGGAACUUCAAGCAAAUGUGGGACAGUAAAAAAAUUGGCUUGAGACAGCACCACUGUAGGAAGUGUGGGAAGGCCGUCUGUGGCAAAUGCAGCUCCAAGCGUUCCUCCAUCCCACUGAUGGGCUUUGAAUUUGAAGUGAGAGUCUGUGACAACUGUCAUGAGUCCAUCACAGAUGAAGAACGUGCACCCACAGCUACGUUCCAUGACAGCAAACAUAAUAUUGUUCAUGUACAUUUUGAUGCAACCCGAGGAUGGUUAUUGACUUGUGGAACAGACAAAGUUAUUAAGUUGUGGGAUAUGACACCAGUGGUAUCUUGAUGGUGUUUUCCAGAAUUAAAAAAACAACAACAACCAGUAUUUCCGGAAGCAACAGUCAUUCUAAUCCAAAUCAUUGAGGAAGAUAAAAGUAAAGCUGAGUGUGGUGGGCAGUAAGGGAGAGACUUAAAGAAUCUGCUGGCAAGGAGACUCUUAUUUCAACUUGUUCACACAAUAGAAAAAGAUAUUUUUUUAAGCAAAUGGUUUGUACAAUCCGGCCGUGCUUCAGUGUUUUGAGUUUGUCUGGGGCAAAAGAAAUCUGUGUGGGAUAGAUGUUUAGUUUUUAAUAUUUCAACUCUUCGUUCUUGCUGCUUUGUAUUGGGGAAGUGAGGAAGGUGUCUUUUCAGGGGUGGGGGUGGUCUUUGUGGUUCCUCCUGUUCCCCACCUCAGGAUAUACUCUACCACAUGCUCAGCAUCACUUUUACCUCCUGCUCAUCACAUAUCUGCUCUCCAAAAAGAACAUCUAAUGCUAUUUAUUGUUGAUGUUUCUGGUUUCAUCUCCAAUUCAGUGGAGAUAGCUGUGAAAAUUGACUGACUUCUUGAAGGAUGUAAAGCAGUAGUGCCUGACUUCAUCCAGUCUUUAUCUAACAGAAAUCAACCUCUCUAGUUGCCUGGAUCACAGAAGGAAAAUGGAGUUUUUCCUGCCUUCUCCCUGCUUCACCUAAAAGCAGUGGUUAAGCUUCCCCACAGCCAUCUAAGAGAUGUCCAAGAAGUUGAUCGUUACAGCUGGGACAGCAUCUCCCAUUAGCACCUGCAUUCAUCUGAACUCGGCUGUAAGCACACAAGCUAUUUCAAAUGAAAUUUUAGUGACGGGCCUCUCAGGUUUCACUAAGCCACAUGUUUUAAAACCUAUCGUCGCUUAGUUAUGCAUUACUUCUGAACUUCAUUGUGUUCAUUUGUACAAAAUUUUAAUUGAAUCUCUUCUUUUUUUCUUCCCUACUCAAACUAUGCAUUGAGAAAAAAAAAAUCAUGGAAUCGAUCCAGAUACUCUGCAUACUUAAAUGAUACAUCCCUCAAGUAUUGUGGAAUUCUGCAUUCUCAUGCUAUUUUCCUUUGGGGAAAAACUUUUAACUUUUUAAAUGAAAUGUAAAAUAAUGUUUUUUAAAGUGAACCAAAAUGGCCUGCCUAAUAUUGUGGUGAUUUUUUAAAAACUACUUUCAUUUUGAACCCUAAAAGAAAUGGAGUGAAACCGUGCUAGUCCUACUAGAUGUGAAAAGGAGUACCAGUCCCUUUCCUUUCUAUAGAGCUUAGAAAAUUGGCUUAUUUCUUAUCUAGAAAAAUUUACUAUUUUAUUUUCUUUUACAGAGAAUCUCAUUUCCACCGUACUGAAAAAAACACAUUAUUUCCACUGUACCUUGUCUACAUCUGAGUUUGGAAACUUUUUGCAAAGGAUGGAUUGGGGGUAGGAGGGGUAUGGAAAGUGUCCCUCUUAAUUUCCUCCUUUGUGGAAAGCAGAAAGUCUUAUGGUACGACAGGCUUAUUUUUGUCAUUUUUUCCCUCUCUUCUUGGUUUUCUGAAUUAUGUGGCUGAUGGUUAGCACUGAACUAGAAAACCAGGCCCUCAUAUAGUGGCAAGCUCUGUUUCCUGGCUCUGUGACCUCUUCAAUAACUUGGUAGUGGUUAUGACAGCCCAAGAGGCCUUGGGGAAAAUAACACUGUGUGUUGCCUUAUUAAAUUGAAAAUUUAUUCUCAUAAACAAGAAGUUUUAACAAAGCACGGGGAAAGAAGUAUCCCCAUGUUACUGUAACUUACCCCACCCCCCGCUCCCCCCAAAAGUGUACAUAGGACAAAAUACCCUAAGGAACUUAACCACUUACCACUUUUUGCCUCCCUCAAAUCCUCUCCCUGCUAUGAAUAGCUGCUAUAAUCACUAUUUUGAAUGUCUUCUGCAUGUCUGUCUGUCUCAUUUGAGAUGAUGUUCUGAUUUUUUAAAUAUUCAAAUAUCUAUAGUCUAUGUGUAUGUGUGUGUAUAUAUAGUAUAGUAUAUGCCUGGAUCUCAUUACCCUAUUACUAAUGUCUAAGUACUAAAAGGUGGAGGCGAUCCAGAGAAGUGAAUAGAAGGCCUCUCAUUCCAUUUUGCUGCCUUCUUCCUCUGGCCAGUACAAUGAAAAGGAAAUCUAGUAUUAAGGAAUUGAUGGGGCAGUUGCCCAUCAGGCCUAUGCACACGUUCUCCAAAUGAGCCAAAAUCUUGUUGGACAAAUACUUGCACUCCUAUAGCAUCACUCACGGUUCUUUUCACUUACUUUACUUAAACUUGAUUUCCCUGCAUGUAUGUCUAUAUUCAAAAGUCUUUUCAAGUCUUUCCAACACCAUAUCCCUAUCCAAGCCCAAAAAUUUGCUCAUAGUUUAAAGCCAAUCAAGGCAUUUUCAAGUUGCAUCCAUGGUAUGAGUUUUGCUUAAAAAAACAAAAACAAAAAAACAAAAAAAAACCUGUGAUGUUUCUGUGCAUUCACUAAUUUGCUUUUUCCUUCUCUUGUCUUGCGUGUAUUUAAGGUCAUUUGGAUUCAGCAAAUAGGGUUUAGCCACAUGAAGUGGUUAUCUUAGAAACUCUGUGAAUGCAUUAAUUUUUAAAUUGUACAACUAGCUGAGAGAGAAUUCUUUGUGCAACGUCUCUCCAUCAGGCACUUUCUGAAAGUGAACGUUUCUAUCAGUUGGAAUUGGAAGCUGUCAUCAGCCUCUCGCAUUUCUCUGUGGAGACUGUGCCUGUCUCUCUUAGGCUUCCUUUUCAAUUAUUAUCCAUUUGACUUGCCUUUGUACUUGACAUAUGUACCGUUGGUACCUUUCUUGGGAGCCUAGAGUUUACCCAAACUGGAUACUUUUUAAAACAAGAAAUUGUGAUGGCUUCACAGAAUCACAGAAUUUUUAGAGUGGCCAUCUAGUCCAACUCAUAACCAAAAGGGAAUCACCAUGACAAUUUAAAAUUUUGUGAAUUCUCACACACACACACACACACACACACACACACACACACACACACACACACACACCAAUAAAUAGCCAUCCCUUUCUUUCAUUUACUUCUAAGGAAUCAGCAGUAGCUCUACCAUAAUAGCAAAAAAAAAAAAAUAGUUUCAGAUAGAGAAAAACUUGCCUUGUUUUUGUUUCUCUGCCUGAAUAACCAGUCUUUUUGAUUGACUUUUAAAAUGUCACUCUCGUUUGCCUUAAUAUUAACAAAGGAAUCUUUGAGUAUCAGAACUGGAGAGAACUUUCUAAGGACCCUCAAGCAUAGCUACACCUCAAUCAUAGCAGACAGAUCAAUAGUGAUGACAACAUUCUUUGACUGAGGUAGGGGGAGCCUUGGGAGUGCUGGGGUUGGGGGGAUAUAAUAGGAGGUCUCUGAAGGAACUGUUGAUUUCUGGAAACUUUUGCUUUAGGGGACUGUGAACAUCACAACACAGGCCUGGUCUUUGGAG